GGAUAGCGCGUCAAAGCUGCGAGGGGCGGAGAUUGGUGCGCGCACUGGCAGCGCACAGGGCGCACAGCCCUCCGGAGCUCUAUUGAUAUAGACAGCGCUGUCCUUUCACCGGAGGUUAUGGCUAAGGACCUUGCAAAGAGAAGAGGACAACUCGGCUUAUUUGAAAACUAUGCGUUUAUGUGAACUGUUUUACGCGAUGGCUGUGAUGAGCUCCAAAUCAAACAGGAUUUGAACCUGCUACAAUGUCCCAUGCACAGGUUGAGGUACCAGGACGCGGUUUCCCAGGCCUCUCUGUGGAUAUGACUGACGACUGCUUAUACCGGGUCCCAUCCGUGCUGAGGACGCACGGUUUGGGCGCACGAAGAAACUCUUAUGGGCUGCAAAAGAUUAGCAUGGACAUUGAUUCGCCUCUAUACAGCGGCGUUCUUUCCAAAGCCUUGUCCUGGUCAGCUGAGAAUAUCCCUACACUGACCGAGUCCAGAGCAGAAGAUGAAAAAACCAACGAUUCUCCGCCGUUGCCUUCCCCUGUUUCCAGCCCGGGCACCAGCUCCAACACGCCCCUCAGCAGCCAGGAGCCCGACGCCGGGUCUCGCUCUGGGAACUGGGAUCCCGUCCCGAGAUCCAGCGCUCAGUACGCCAGCUCAGAGUCUGACAAUGAACUUCAAAACAAACCACACAAAACUUUGUCUCGCAUCAUGUCUGAUUCUCAGUGGCAGCAGGAGCAGGAAGAGAAAGAGGACGUGGAGACCAAAGCGGUGGCAACCUCGCCUGAUGGGAGAUACCUCAAAUUCAACAUAGAGAUCGGAAGGGGAUCUUUCAAGACUGUCUAUAAAGGACUGGACACGGAGACAACAGUGGAGGUAGCAUGGUGUGAGCUACAGACCCGUAAGCUGACCAAAGCAGAGCGGCAGCGUUUCAGUGAGGAGGUGGACAUGCUGAAGGGCCUUCAGCACCCGAACAUCGUCCGCUUCCACGACUCCUGGAAGUCGUCAGUAAAGGGCCAAAAGUGCAUCAUCCUGGUGACUGAACUCAUGACCUCAGGCACGCUCAAAACGUACUUGAAGAGGUUCAAGGAGAUGAAGCUGAAGCUGCUGCAGCGCUGGAGUCACCAGAUCCUCAAAGGGCUUCAUUUCCUGCACACACGUACUCCUCCCAUCAUCCACCGGGACCUCAAAUGUGACAACAUUUUCAUCACCGGCCCCACCGGUUCUGUCAAGAUAGGAGAUCUGGGGCUGGCCACUCUCAAAAGUGCCUCUUUUGCUAAAAGUGUCAUUGGAACACCAGAGUUCAUGGCCCCGGAGAUGUACGAGGAGAGGUACGACGAGGCGGUGGACGUCUACGCCUUUGGAAUGUGCAUCCUGGAGAUGGCCACCUCUGAGUACCCGUACUCCGAGUGCCAAAACGCCGCGCAGAUCUACCGCAAAGUCACCAGUGGAAUAAAACCUGACAGUUUCUACAAAGUCAAAGUCCCAGAGCUCAAGGAGAUCAUUGAAGGCUGUAUUCGUAUGAACAACGAUGAAAGGUACACCAUUCAGGACCUCCUGGAGCACCCCUUCUUCCAGGAAAACAAUGGCGUGCACGUGGAGCUGGCAGAGGAGGACGACAUGGUGAAGUCGGGCCUGAAGCUGUGGCUGCGCAUGGACGACACCAAGAAGCUCCACGGGAAGUACAAGGACAACAACGCCAUCGAGUUUCUCUUUGAGCUCUACAAAGACGUGCCUGAGGAGGUGUCUCAGGAGAUGGUGGUACUUGGCUUUGUGUGUGAGGCAGACUUUAAGCUCGUGGCCAAGGCCAUACGGGACAGGGUGGCGGCCAUCAAGCGCCAGAGAGAGAAGUUGAGGCGGCACGCGGAGGAGCGGAAGAAGAAGCAGGAGCAGGAAGCCAUAGAAGAAGAAGCAGAGACACACCCUCCUUUACCUACAGUCAGCGAGUCCCAGACACCGGCCAUCAUCCUGUCCCCCGUCACCAGCUCUGUGGACUCUGGCAUUAGCUCCAACUACCCUGCAGAGGCAGAGGAGCCCGAGGCAGACCAGCACUUCCACUUCAACAGCAUGUCCUCUGCUAACUCUGACUGCGAGACAGACGGCUAUCUGAGCUCCUCCGGGCUUCAGGAUCUGCUGGAGGCCGGACAUUUCAACACGUCUGCGACCCCUCCCACCACACGCACCAACACCUCGACUGCAAAUGGUCUCUCCAUCCCAGCCUUGCGCUUCCCUUCGAGUAUUGCAGUAUCCAGCAGCAUAGAGCAUGGCACCUCAAGGCCCACGAGUGGCUUCAACUCUCCUGUGGAAAGCUACGCCUCCGAUGUGACUUCAGGCUUGAGCGAUGGCUACGAGGGCCUAUCUGAGAAGAGCGAGAAAACGGCUGCAAAGCGAACUGCUGGGAAGCUUUUCAGGAGGAGGUCGCGCUCAAGGCUGCGCAUCACAGGGCUCUCUGAUAAAGUGGACCGGGUGGUGGAGUGUCAGCUGCAGACGCACAAUGACAAGAUGGUUACCUUCAAGUUUGACCUGGACGGAGAUAACCCUGAAGACAUUGCUGCUGUCAUGGUACACAAUGAGUUCAUCCUGCCAUCAGAGAAGGAGGGCUUCAUCCAUCGCAUGGGCGACAUCAUCAAACGGGCCGAGGCUCUGAUGGCAAAAGAGCAUCCGGUCCACUCUAGCGGGCACCGAGUUCCCCAGCCUGCUUAUCACAACAAUGUUAACCCGUUGUCUUCCUCACAGCCUAACCUGCAUACCCAGCCUCGACCACACUCCUAUUCUCUGCCUGGUAAGUCUCUCGACUGGUCUGAUGAAUUUACAGGGGUUUGUGGCUCUACCCCGUGCCCCAAUGAAGACGUCUUCAGUCCAGACAUUACUUCACCUGUGCGACCUCUACUACGCUCACAGUCUUUCCACAACGCCCCAGGUUCUCCCCUCCCUUUUCAGCACCACCACAACCCUGCGUCCCUCCUACCACACCACCAGCACUACUACUUGUCCUUCAUGGGCCAUAGUCCCUUCCCAUUCCCAUACCCAGGCUCUUCGGGUUCCCCCGAACCGGGCAUCCAUCCUCCACUCACACGUGUAGCUAGUAACCCCUCCUUCCCCACUGUAUCCUCACCAGCCCCCGGUUCCCCAAUUGUUCAGAAUGAGACCCCAAGCCCUUGCAGCAAUGAUGGUGCCGCCGUGUCUCCACCUGCCCCUCAGCAUCCCAACAUGUGGCCAUCCCACACGCAGCCCUUGUUUUCCUUAGCUAAUGUCAUUUCCAUGGCCAUGAGCAUGGCCCAGUCUUUCAUCCCUCCGGCAGGCAUGCCCACCCAGGGGAUGCCCUCCUAUCCAGGCUACCACCCCCAGCUACCUACUCACAUGGCCCCACAGUCAGGUUACCCCUCCAUCUACCCACAGCGGUACCAGACUUCAGCAGUAGAGGUGCCUUACCCCACAGCGCAGAGCAUCUACUAUAGCCCUGAUACGCUUCUAAUGGAAGAAGGCGGUUUUCCUCAGAGCAGUUAUCCUAGCUGGAUGCAUCCUGUUUCUCCACCUUCUAUGCCUUCCACUCCUCCACUGGUUCCUCAGGAGCCUUUACAGCAGGUUGGACUAUCCAGUCCCCCCAGCUAUCAUCACAGCCUGACCCAGGAGGACAGUCUCCACAAUUAUGUGGCCUCAUACUCAGCACAGGUUCCAGUCCAGGCUGAACCCAAAUCAGAAGUCUCCAGUUCAAAUUCCAUGUCAGAUCUGUCCUCAUCACCCUCAGAGAGCCCAGGAAGCACUUUAUCAUCCUUCAGCACUGCAUUGCAACCCACCAUACCUGAGAUGAAAACCAGAACCACAACACCAAAAGCCUCUUCCACUGAAUCUGAAGUCAUGUCUGCACCAGUGACUGUUGGGAGAUUCCAGGUGACACCCAGUAUGCACAUCCCUGGACCCUCUGUGCCAGUAGGUGCUGUACCUGCUGCACCGCAGCCAGCGGACAGCGGCAGCACCCUGUCAGAGAGCAGCACAGAGGAGCAGGGGGAGUCUGAGACGAGCCUUGCCACCUCCCUCACCAUGUCCCCCCCACUACCACAUCCCCACAGAGGGUCGACGGGGGUCGUCCAGGACGUUGACGGGCUGGUGGGAUGGGCUGGGAGCAAGGAGCAGCAAGUCAGAGAAGAAGAGGAUGAGGAAGAAGAGGAAGAGGUUAUUGGGGAACGACUGAGGACGAGGAAAAGGAGUCGGAGGAGAGCGCACAGCCUGAGCCUGAUGGGAACGUCCGCGGACAGCGGGCUCUCAGUGACGGCUGCUGAAAUGGAGGGGAGGCUGUGGGACGGAGCGCCCGACAGCCCGCAGUACAGCAAUGCCCUUCACCAUCUAUGGACGAUGACUUAUAACCGCAAUACUCCCUAUAUAAGCAGCGAUGACUCCGACAGUGAUGACGCAGAGAUGCUGUUAGAGCUUCAGGAACUCAGAGAGAAACAUCUAAAAGAGGUGCAGGCCCUGCAGGCCGCCCAGAAGAGAGAGAUUGAGGAGCUCUAUUUGAAGAUGGGGAAGGUUCCCCCCCCGGGCAUUGUCUCUCCUGCUGCUAUGCUGUCCAGCCGUCAGCGCCGCCUGUCCAAGGGGAGCGCCUUCCCCUCGUCCCGCAGGAACAGCCUGCAGCGCUUGGACAUGUUGCCGAUCCCAGGGAUCAUAAGGAGAAACUCCCUUGGAGGCAGCAGCAGCAGCUCCCAGGAUAAACAAGGCAAAGGGGUCACCUUUGCCACGGACAUUAGUAGAAAAUAAGAAACUCUCAGCCAAGCAUGCUGUAUAUCUGGACUACCUCAUCUGAAGUGUAACUGCAGUGGUCAAACCCGUCCUGUGAGCGGAUCGCUUUAACACUUUACACUGGCACACCGAUCAGCAAACUGCUUCCCUCUGCCAGUGGUCAUUUACCUCAACGUACAUAUGUAUAUAUCAAUUUUCAUCAAUAAAGCUGGAUUUACACAGGAACUGUAACAUCCAGCUUUCAGCCCUCCGUCAGAUCUGGUGAAUUUGUUGCUUUUGUAAAUAAGAAUUAACGGUUCAAAAUGAAUCAACUUUUGUCCAGGCAGCCACGGUACUCUGCUAAACAGGUUCCUUUAGCUGUUUUUUUUUUUCUGAGCAAGCUUGUUAGCAUUGACGCAGUCAUAGCGAUGGUACAAAGUGCCGCACAGUCGCGGUCUUUUGAGCUCCGGUGGCACUUUACUAUGACGUUGAACCAGAAUGGAGAUACUGUUCCUGUUUUCUGAUUUACUGCCGUUCAUUUAUCUGAGCACAGUAAUGUGAACCACAGCGAAGAUCUGACAUAUUUACUGACCGUUGUUGCACACAAACAACAAAAUUUGGGGAUAAUCUUGCAAUUUAUUUGCUGCAGUUUAAUGUUUCAGCACCUGCUGACUGCACAGUGAAUACACUCACGUUAUUGCCUUCCAGGGGCUGACCAGAACAGUCUAGAUGCAUUGCAGUUUUAUUUAUUCAAGAACAUAUUUUUUUUGUAGUACUAGUUUCUUUAGUGAUUGGAUGACCUACAUUCUCUAGACUCAGCCCUGAAAAGUAACUGCAGUCCUGACAUUUUUCAUGUAGGGAAAAAAAAUUUUCAUUGUAUAGAGGUACAAUAAGGUGAUAUCAUUUCUAUCAAUGCAUACAUAUGAAGAUGUUAAAGGUGCAUUAUAAGUUCCUGCAUGGUUUCAGCGCAAUUUAAUUUUUGUCUCAAAUCGUAGGCAUCUCUCCCUGAUUCGCUAGCUGCCUGCCUCCUGAAUACACUGAAAAAGCCCGAUCUCGGGAGACAACACAGGGCUCAUAAACUUCAAAUACUAGAUGCACAGGCUGUGCACCAAAAUACAACAAACCACACCAGCCAAUCACUGACAAGAUAGUUGGGGAGGGGUGGGGGUUAGUGACAGGUAAGUCAGUUAAGGCUGUUUUAUGGUUUAGUGGAGGCUACACGCAGAGCUUUCACCGUAGCCUAUGUAAGCGGCCUGAUGUUUGUACUUGUGCGCUGGUGUGUGCGGUGAGUGGGUGAUAGAGCGAGGGAGAAGUGAUUAGCUUUGGACACAGUGAGAGAGACAAUGUGUCUCCUCUGUUCUUUCUGACCACGGUGGGAAAUCUGUAGCAGAAAAAGUUAAACCUCUCCUUGAUUUCAUGUUUAUGGAGAAGGAGAACCAGGAAAUGAGUCGGGGGGGAAAUGCGACGCUACCAUGCCACGUCCGAGCAACGUGCAUCGUUGCGACGUGUAGUUUUUCCAGAGGUGCACGUCAGGCUACAGUGUACGGUCCGGCGUAGACGCAGAGGGGUCUGCGGGAGUGUGGGGGGGGGGUACGCCGUCGAUUCUACGCACAACCAUAAAACGGCCUUUAGUCAUGACAGUUGCAGAAACAUGGGGGGAGGGGCGAGUUUGUUCUGUUUUGUUUUGAAUUUAACAUCAACAGAAGCGACCAUACAGGAUCUCAUAGUGCACCUGUAACGCUUCAGAAAUGUUGCCAUGUAGCUACAAAAAAAAAAGAAAAUCAGUUUUUCCAAAGUAUUAACUGGGAAAUGGUUUGGUUAAAUGUGCAGAAGACUUUAACAAAGACAUCACACAUCAAUGUUCAAAUACUAUAGCUGGUUUAUAUUAAAAAGAUUUUUGCAUUGAUUAGUUUUGAAAAAUCCACUUAGGUUUUAGACUACUGGCUCUUUCCUGUUGAUUGUACAUGUGUAUAAAGUGUAAGUGCAUUUAUAGAUCAUGUUUACAAGUUGAAAGGAAACAUGCCUGCAACCUUUAUUUUUGCUCAGGCAAAAAAAAAAAAAAAAAAAUCACAUUUGUUGCUUGUUGCGUAGAUCAACGACGUUGUGCACUUUAGUAACAUCUUUUGUUCUCACUCAUUAACACAUUUGUGGAUACAACUGUGUUCACUCAAGAGCCAAAAUUUCCUGUCAUUUAUUCCAUAAGGGAAGUAGAGAAUAUUCUCCAGUUUAUGUUUGUUCACAGUAACGACGAUCUACCCUUGCGCAGUUUUAAAUAAUUAGCACACUGUGGGAAAUAGAGAUAUCAGUCCAAGCUGUGAAUGUGUAGCUGAUGCCUUAUAAAAUAUUCACACUACACACACUGAAUUUUCUGGCAGUGAAACUCCUUUAAAAUUUUCCAAAGUUCAUAAUAUAUUCAAAUAAGUUUUGUUUCACAAUUUUGAAUGUAAAUAUAUAAUUGUGUUGCUUUCUGAAGCUGCUGCUGUCCUGCCAUGCUGAAUCUGUGCCUUUCCCUUACAAUGUCUUAUUUUAUAUUUUUACUCAAGAUUCAGUGGCUAGAUCAGACUAUCAAAUAUUGACAAAAAUAAAUGCAGUUGUAAAUACCA